AUGAAUAAGACCAAGAUAUUAAUUUUUAUUUUACCUUUGAUUUUAUUAGUUGUGAAUGCUAAAAAGUAAAUCAUUUUAGGUGCUUAAAAGAUAAACCUGUAAAAUGCUUAAAAUUCUUAAGAAAAGAAACAAGCAGGAGAAUUACUCUAUGCUAAUAAAGAGAGUAGUUUAGUACUUCAAUUAUAAAUUGCAAGAGGUAAAGGAAACCAGGUGGGACAAAAAGGAGGCUAAGGAGCUCAAGGAGGAAGUUAAGGAGGCUAAUAAGGAUAUUAAGGAGGUCAAGGAGGAUAAUAAGGAGGCCAAGGAUCGUAAGGAGGAUAAGCUGGUCAAUAUGGAGGCUAAUAAGUACUUUAAGGAGGUCAAGGAGGAUAAUAAGGAGGCCAAGGAUCAUAAGGAGGCUAAGCUGAUCAAUAUGGAAGCUAACAAGUGCUUUAAGGAGGUCAAGGAGGAUAAUAAGGAGGCCAAGGAUCAUAAGGAGGAUAAGCUGGUCAAUAUGGAGGCUAAUAAGUACUUUAAGGAGGUCAAGGAGGAUAAUAAGGAGGCUAAGGAUAAUAAGGAGGCCAAGGAUCAUAAGGAGGCUAAGCUGGUCAAUAUGGAAGCUAACAAGUGCUUUAAGGAGGUCAAGGAGGAUAAUAAGGAGGCCAAGGAUCAUAAGGAGGCUACUUUGGAUAUAAAGGAGUCAAUUGA